AUCAAAAUCCCCUCCAACCACCGACCCGACUGCGAGACACCGACCUCGAAAGCCCCUGCGGCACUUGCCUCGUCUCUCUCAUGAUACAAAGUUUGAUCAGAAUGGCUGCCCAGUGCUCAAAGACUUACACGGAAGCCAUCAAGCUCCUCAACACCUGCCAGUCGAAUGCCGCGACUAUCGAGGCGAUCCGCAAGUCGGGCGGAAGGCUCAAUGACUGGGCCGUGCCCGAGAUGCUCGACUACCUCCGCCGUAUCGGCUACAAGCCGGACGACCUGAACCGCCUCAACGUCGUCCACAUCACCGGCACCAAGGGCAAGGGUAGCACGUCGGCGUUCACUGAGAAGUUGCUGCGUAGUCACAUCCCAGGGGGCAAGAUUGGCCUGUACACCUCGCCGCACCUCUGCGCCGUCCGCGAGCGUAUCCGCGUCAACGGCGAGCCCCUCUCCGAGGAGCAGUUCGCCCAGUACUUCUUCGACGUCUGGGAGCGCCUCGAGGCCGACCCCAAGACGCUCACGGUCCACACGCCCCAGUUCCCCAUCUACUUCCGCCUGCUCACCCUCCUCGCCUUCCACGCCUUCCUCCAGCUCGGCGUCGACGCGACCGUCCUCGAGGUCGGUAUCGGCGGCACGUACGACAGCACCAACAUUGUCCCCAAGCCCGUCGUGACGGGCGUCACGUCCCUCGGCCUCGACCACACCGCCGUGCUGGGCACCACUAUCGAGGACAUUGCGCGUAACAAGGGAGGCAUCUACAAGAAGGGUGUGCCGGCGCUCUCCGUCCCGCAGGAGUACCCUGCCGGUCUCAAGGUCCUCGAGGCCUGCGCGAUCGCCCAUGGCGCGCUGCCUCUCGAGGUCGUGCCCAUCAUCCCCAAGACGCCGCUUGGCCUCCGCGGCGAGCACCAGCGCAUCAACGCGUCGCUUGCCGUCGCCCUGUCCAAGAAGUUCCUCGAGGCGCAGGGCAAGCCACUUGCUGACGCCGAUGCCGUCGUCCCCGAGUCGUUUGUCAAGCCGCUCGCCGACACCAAGUGGCCUGGCCGCUGCCAGACGGUCCCGCAGGGCGAGACCACCUGGCUCCUGGACGGUGCGCACACCACCGAGUCGCUCCGCUCGUGCGGCGAGUGGGCGUGGGCGCCCGAGUCGGACGCGUCGGGUGCCGGCGGUGGACCCAACGUGCUGGUAUUCAACUGUUCGGGCGGACGACAGGGCGAGACGCUCCUCGGCGCGCUGCUCGACGCCGGCGCCGCCACGCGCGGCGUCUCGCGCGAGGAGCUCGGCAAGACGUUCGACACGGUCAUCUUCUGCACCAACGUGACGUACACGGACGGCGGGUUCAAGGGCGACCUGACGUCGGCCGCCAUCGACCCGGCCGACCUGGCCGCGCUCGCCACCCAGCGCCAGCUGCGCGACGCGUGGCUCGCGCUCAACCCCGGCUUUGACGAGAGCAAGGCGCACGCCGUCGCGAGCAUCGAGCACGCCGUCAACAUUGUCCGCGGGCUCGGCGAGCGCCGCGUCCUCGUCGCAGGCAGCUUGCACCUCGUCGGCGGCGUCAUGGAGGUCGCGGGCCUGCAGUUCGCCCUCGGCAUGGAGUAGGAGCAGCACACCACGAUACCCCGUACACAUUCAACAUCUCAUUGUACUACGACACGGACGGACGGCAUGGCGCGUAAUUCAUCUUGCGCUGGGUAGAAAAUAGGCCGAUGGCCAUCAUCGGUUGUUAGAAACGCAUAGGUCAUAUGGAGCAUUGUACUGUAGUGGG